AUGACUUCCAGUGAGAUCGAGAUGCCCGGCGAGGUGAAGGCCGACCCCGCCGCCCUCAUGGCGUCCCUGCACCUCCUGCCGUCGCCCACGCCCAACCUCGAGAUCAAGUACACCAAGAUUUUUAUUAACAACGAGUGGCAGAACUCAGAGAGUGGGAGAGUGUUCCCUGUCUAUAAUCCAGCCACAGGAGAACAGGUGUGUGAAGUUCAAGAAGCAGACAAGGCAGACAUAGACAAAGCAGUGCAGGCAGCCCGCCUGGCUUUCUCUCUGGGUUCAGUGUGGAGAAGGAUGGAUGCUUCAGAAAGAGGCCGUUUGUUGGAUAAGCUUGCAGACUUGGUGGAAAGAGACAGGGCAGUCCUUGCAACCAUGGAAUCCCUCAAUGGUGGCAAACCGUUUCUGCAAGCAUUUUAUGUCGAUUUGCAAGGAGUCAUCAAAACCCUUCGGUAUUAUGCAGGCUGGGCUGAUAAAAUUCACGGGAUGACCAUUCCUGUAGAUGGAGAUUAUUUUACCUUUACAAGACAUGAACCCAUUGGUGUGUGUGGACAGAUCAUCCCGUGGAACUUCCCCCUGCUGAUGUUUGCCUGGAAAAUUGCUCCAGCUCUGUGCUGUGGCAAUACAGUAGUUAUUAAACCAGCAGAACAAACACCACUCAGCGCGCUCUACAUGGGAGCCCUCGUCAAGGAGGCUGGCUUUCCACCAGGAGUCAUCAAUAUUUUGCCAGGAUACGGGCCAACAGCCGGGGCAGCAAUAGCUUCUCACGUUGGCAUAGACAAGAUUGCGUUCACAGGGUCUACUGAGGUUGGAAAGCUUAUCCAAGAAGCAGCUGGAAGAAGCAAUUUGAAGCGAGUAACCCUGGAACUUGGAGGAAAAAGUCCCAACAUUAUUUUUGCAGAUGCUGACUUGGACUAUGCUGUGGAGCAGGCUCACCAGGGUGUGUUCUUCAACCAAGGCCAGUGCUGCACGGCAGGGUCUCGAAUCUUUGUGGAGGAGUCCAUCUAUGAAGAAUUUGUGAGAAGAAGUGUGGAGCGGGCCAAGAGGCGCAUAGUGGGCAGUCCCUUUGACCCCACCACCGAGCAGGGACCCCAGAUUGACAAGAAGCAGUACAACAAGAUCCUAGAGCUCAUCCAGAGCGGUGUGGCUGAGGGCGCCAAGCUCGAGUGCGGAGGCAAGGGGCUGGGUCGAAAGGGAUUCUUCAUUGAGCCCACGGUGUUUUCCAAUGUCACUGACGACAUGCGGAUCGCCAAGGAGGAGAUCUUUGGCCCUGUUCAGGAAAUUUUGAGGUUUAAGACUAUGGAUGAAGUUAUUGAAAGAGCCAACAACUCAGACUUCGGGCUUGUAGCAGCUGUCUUUACUAACGACAUCAACAAGGCUCUCACAGUGUCUUCUGCAAUGCAAGCCGGGACUGUUUGGAUCAAUUGUUACAAUGCCUUAAAUGCCCAGAGCCCCUUUGGGGGAUUCAAGAUGUCUGGAAAUGGGAGAGAAAUGGGAGAAUUUGGUUUGCGAGAGUACUCUGAAGUUAAGACUGUGACAGUAAAGAUCCCCCAGAAGAACUCUUAA